AUGGAAAAGGCCCGUAUUCCUUUGCUUGCUAGUUCAGCAAAGGAUCGUUUUACGCUGUUCCAUGGAGGCACCGAUCCUUGGGUGGCGCGUACAUGGUUGGAGGAUAUUGAGGCCACUUUUGGAUACAUGUCCUGUUCAGACACAGAGAAGGUAGAGCUAGCCGCUUAUCAUUUUCGAGGGCAAGCAUCCACAUGGUGGAAGAUGCAAAAGACAGUCUUUGGGGAUCAGAUUAUCUCUUGGCAGUCUUUUCGAGAGGCGUUCGAGAGACAGUAUUUUCCUGCAGCAUUUUGUGUUGCUCGACGCCAGGAAUUCAUGAGUCUCAAGCAGGGUGACCGAAGCGUGCUAGACUAUAGUGCAGAAUUUAGCAGACUUGCUGAGUUUUGCCCACAUAUGGUUGCUCAGGACUCAGACCGUAUGUUUCACUUUACACAGGGACUGACAGCAUAUAUUCGGAUCAGGAUGUCUGGAUUUCCUGUUACUACUUAUCGAGAGGCACUUGAUCGAGCCAUAUUUAUUGAGAUGACUCAGCAGCAAGUCUCUCAAGAAAGAGAAGCCAGCCGACAGACCUCGCAGAGCUCACACUCUAGACAGCAGAGUCGAGGUCGUCGAUCUCGUGGUCAGGAUACGACUAGAGAAUCUUCACGGUCACGAAAGGUGGCCAAAGUAUCACAGGGAUCUAGUCGCCCAGUUCCAUCACAGCGGGACCAGAUAUCGGACAUAUGCAGAAAUAUUGCACUUUGA